CCGCCACUCACUAUACGCCUACGGUAUCGAGUAAUUUCAGUUUUUAUCAGCCACCAUGGCCAUGAACUUGAAAUUACUACUGCCACCUCUCUCUUCUUCUUCUUCUUCUCUCUCGCGCCCCUCGCUCUUCUUCCAUUUAUAUGCAUACUCAAAAGGGCCAAAACCCAUCUCAUUCUCUAGAUAUCUCUUCCACAACCAGCGAAGAAGCAGCCUUUUUUCGCGAAAGAUGUCGGCAAGAGCCUGUGUGAAGGUUGAGGAGAAGAGUGUUGAAGAAGAAGAUUCUUCAUUAAGGAAUUGGGGGAAGGUGUCUGCCGUGCUGUUUGACAUGGAUGGAGUGUUGUGUAACAGCGAAGAGCCUUCGAGAAAGGCCGGGGUGGACGUGUUCGCCGAGAUGGGGGUCGAAGUGACUGUGGAGGAUUUUGUGCCAUUCAUGGGAACUGGUGAAGCAAACUUUUUAGGAGGCGUUGCUUCUGUUAAGGGAGUUCAGGGAUUCAAUCCUGAGGCUGCAAAAAAGCGAUUCUUUGAAAUAUAUUUGGAUAAGUAUGCAAAACCAAAUUCUGGAAUAGGAUUCCCAGGUGCCCUUGAACUCAUUACUCAGUGUAAAAGCAAAGGCCUUAAGGUUGCUGUUGCAUCUAGUGCUGAUCGUAUCAAGGUGGAUGCAAAUCUUGCUGCUGCUGGUUUACCAUUGUCAAUGUUUGAUGCUAUUGUGUCAGCAGAUGCUUUCGAGAAUUUGAAGCCUGCUCCUGAUAUUUUCUUAGCUGCAUCAAAGAUUUUGAAUGUGCUGCCCAGUGAGUGUAUUGUCAUUGAAGAUGCAUUAGCUGGAGUUCAAGCUGCCAAAGCUGCUCAAAUGAGAUGUAUAGCCGUGACAACUACAUUGUCUGAAGAAACUCUAAAGGCUGCCAGUCCAUCACUUAUCCGGAAUGAGAUAGGAAGUGUUUCACUGCAUGAUAUUCUCAGGGGUGGCUCAGAUGGCUAUAAUGAGAAGAAGCAGGGUAAUCAGUUUCUAUUUCCCUCUACACAAACCUCAGCUGCAGAGCUCACAGAAAGGACAGAUAAUGGCGCGAUGCAGGAUAGAUAUUCUAACAGUGGUGGGAAUUUCUCUAUUGGGGGGUUGCAGGGUUCUCGGCGAGAUAUUUUGAGAUAUGGAAGUUUGGGCAUUGCAAUUUCUUGUCUCCUCUUUACCAUCUCAAACUGGAAGGCAAUGCAGUAUGCAUCCCCAAAAGCUAUCUGGAAUAUGCUAUUAGGAGUCACCCAGCCAUCUUUUAAAUCAGAUAAAGAUGAUCUAAAUUCCGACAGGAUCCAACAAUUUGUGAACUAUAUAUCUGAUCUAGAAACCAAGGGAACUUCUCCAACUGUGCCAGAAUUUCCAUCUAAACUCGAUUGGCUGAAUGCGGCUCCACUUCAGCUUCGCAGGGAUUUGAAAGGAAAAGUGGUUCUGCUGGAUUUUUGGACCUAUUGUUGUAUAAAUUGUAUGCAUGUGUUGCCAGACCUGGAGUUUUUGGAGAAAAAAUACAAGGACAUGCCGUUCACAGUUGUGGGGGUACACUCUGCAAAGUUUGACAAUGAGAAAGAUUUAGAAGCCAUUCGGAAUGCUGUGUUGCGCUAUGGCAUUACUCACCCGGUGGUCAAUGAUGGAGAUAUGUAUAUGUGGCGAGAGCUAGGUGUGAGUUCAUGGCCAACAUUUGCUAUUGUUGGCCCCAAUGGUAAGCUCAUUGCUCAACUAUCAGGUGAAGGUCGUCGAAAGGAUCUUAACGAUUUAGUGGAGGCAGCUCUUCUGUUUUAUGGCACAAAGAAAGUCUUGGACAACACACCGAUUCCUAUAAGAUUGGAGAAAGAUAAUGAUCCUCGCUUGUUGACAUCUCCAUUAAAGUUUCCUGGAAAGCUAGCAAUUGAUGCCCUGAACAACAGGCUCUUCAUUUCAGACAGUAACCAUAACCGCGUAGUGGUAACCGACCUUGAUGGGAAUUUUAUCAUCCAAAUUGGGCCCACAGGGGAGGAAGGUUUACAUGAUGGUAACUUUGAUGAUGCCACCUUUAAUCGCCCUCAGGGCUUGGCUUACAAUGCAAAGAAAAACCUCCUUUAUGUCGCAGAUACUGAAAAUCAUGCUUUGAGGGUGAUUGAUUUUGCCAAUGAGACAGUGCGUACUCUUGCUGGAAAUGGAUCCAAAGGUUCUGACUACCGAGGAGGGGAAAAAGGAACCAAUCAGCUCCUUAACUCUCCAUGGGAUGUCUGCUUCGAGCCAGUCAAUGAGAGGGUUUACAUUGCCAUGGCAGGCCAACACCAGAUCUGGGAACACAACACAUUGGAUGGAGUUACUAGAGUUUUUAGUGGUGAUGGUUAUGAAAGAAACUUGAAUGGUUCAAGCCCUACAAGCACAUCAUUCGCACAACCUUCUGGAGUUUCGCUAUCUCCUGAUUUGACAGUGAUCUACAUUGCGGAUAGUGAGAGUAGCUCAAUUCGAGCACUUGAUCUAAAAACUGGAGGAUCAAGAUUGCUAGUUGGUGGUGAUCCUAUGUUCUCAGACAAUUUGUUUAAGUUUGGAGACCAUGAUGGAACGGGGUCAGAAGUACUUCUUCAACAUCCAUUAGGGAUCUUAUGUGCGAAGGAUGGCCAAAUUUAUGUAGCAGAUAGUUAUAAUCACAAGAUCAAGAAGCUAGAUCCUGCUAGUAAAAGAGUCAGUACCUUAGCUGGAAUGGGGAAAGCUGGUUUCAAGGAUGGAAUAGCCCUGACCGCUCAGCUCUCUGAGCCAUCAGGAAUCGUUGAAGCAGAAAGUGGAAGACUUUUCAUAGCUGAUACAAACAAUAGCGUAAUCAGAUAUCUAGACUUGAACAAGGAAGAAGCUGAACUUCUUACUUUAGAGCUGAAAGGGGUUCAGCCUCCUGUACCAAAAAACAGAUCUAUGAAGCGCCUUAGAAGGCGAUCAUCAGCUGACACACAGACCAUUACUAUUGAUGGUGGUUCAUCCAAUGAGGGAAACUUAUCUCUUAAGAUAUUGUUACCUGAAGAGUACCAUUUCUCGAAGGAAGCACGCAGUAAAUUUAGUGUAGAAAGUGAGCCUGAAAAUGCAAUUGUUAUUGAUCCCUUGGAUGGAUAUCUAAAUCCAGAAGGAUCUGCCAUACUUCAUUUUAGGAGGACCUCCCCCUCUGCUUCAAUGGGCAGAAUAAAUUGCAAGGUAUACUAUUGCAAGGAAGAUGAGGUCUGUUUGUACCAAUCUUUGUUAUUUGAAGUACCCUUCCACGAGGAAAUUUCAGACUCUGCCCCUGUAGAAAUCACACUCGCGUAUACUGUGAAGCCCAAAACUCCAACAAGCACCUUACAGCUGCCAAUUGCUCGCUGAGGCAAAUUCCCAUGUAAAAAUGUUGUAAGAUCCCUUUCUAUUUUUCUCAAUUUCUUUCCUGAAAGUAUGCCAUUCAGUUGGAUGCAGCUGAUACUUCCAACAAUUGUUGUCUUCUGCCAGAGUCAUAGAAAUCAGUAUGAUAGUAGCAACAAAGUAAGUCAAGUCAUCGUCCAAUAAUUCUUCAUAAGUACUUUAAUUGUAACAUGUUGAGCAAACAUGACAUUCAAAGUUUCCUUUUUAGAAUUAUAUCAGUUGUUUUUUAUAGCCAUAUUAUUUAAUUUCCUC